UACAUCAUCAUGCACCACCUGAACAAGAUGCUGAAAGAAGGUAGAAGGGGAAAAAUUGCAUUUUUGACUCCAACGCGACAACUAACAUUCCAACAGAAGACAAAGCUUCAAGAAUACAUCCCUGGCAUGAGAGUGGUUGAAAUUACAGGGGCAAUUUGUCGACCAAUGCAUCCACUAGUUCAGGGCGAUGAAGUUGAUGUGAUUGUGUGCACGGCUGGAAAGCUACGGAGAGAGCUCAAAACAAAAGCCAUCGAAAUUACCGAUUUUUCCCUCAUUGUUGCUGACGAAUGCCAUCAUGCUGGGCCGCCCCUCCAAUUACAGUGACAUCAUGGAAUUUUACAUCAGGUCUAAGCUUGCAAAGCCAGCAUCCACCUUGCCCCCAAACCUUCGUGGCACACUGCUUCCUCAAAUUGUCGGGUUGACAGCUUCUCCUGGCGCAGGGAGAGGGAAAUCUAACAUUUUCACCGUCAUAGAACACCAGCUCUCCCUAUGUGCAAGUAUGGAUGCCACAUCUGGUAUUGUUACCGUUCAAAGAAAUGCUGCUGAGCUUGAAAAAUAUCGAAAUUCUCCAAGGAAAUAUCUUGAAGUUGGCGAUGAGCGAAGUCCAAAUGAUCCGUUCAUUCUGCAUGUCUGCUCAGCUAUGGAAACACUCGAGCAUUACAUAGGCAACAAUCCUUGCCUUGCAAGGGGCUCAUCAGGAUACGACACAUGCCUACAAAACGAGAAAGAAGCAGCAGAGAACAGGGAGGAAGAUGAAAGAAAAAGGAUUUCAGUUCUCGAUAGACUGAGUGUCUACUCCCAAUGCCUCAUGACCUACAGUGAUUUCCGACAUGAAGAUGCAGUGUCAGUGCUUGAAGAAGUCGAGGAAUUCAGAGAUCAAACAGAUUUUGAACGUUUCCUCUUCGGCGUUCACACAGACUUGAUGGAAAAACUGUCUCGUUUACCCAAGACACCAAACCCAUUACUGGAGCACAUGGAAACCAUUCUCCGUGAUCAGUUUGCUAGGUGUCCUCAAUCAAAAGGAAUCUUCUUUGUUCGAUCAAUCAAACACACGAGAUACGUCACAAAUUGGAUCAAGAGCUCACCGACUCUCUCCCCCACUAUCCAAGCUACUCACAUCACUGGCUACAACCGUGCAGGAGGAAUGGAAAAAUCUGAGCAGCUUCGAGUUCUAGAGGGGUUCCGCCAAGGCAAAUACAAUCUCCUGGCUUCUACCUCAGUUCUGGAGGAAGGACUAGACGUUCCAGAGUGUAACUUUGUCAUCCGCUAUCAGAAUGUGUCCAACGAGAUUGCUCAGGUUCAGGCAAAGGGAAGGGCAAGGGCACAGGAUAGCAGAAUAUACACCGUAGUCUCCACCAACUCAAACAAGGACUACCGGUACCUGGUCGCGGAAGAAAAGCAGCGUCUGGUUGAAGCUUCUCUCACCAAGCUGAAAGAUCAGCCAUUAAAAGAUGUUAUUCCUUCAAAGCAGAAGUCUUUCAUUCAAGAGAGAGAUCGUAAAGCACACCUACUGCAGUCCCUCAGGAGCAAGUGGUCAGACACAGAU